ACUAGCACCGGCGUGACAUUCAUUUUGAGGUGGGCAAUUUGGUUUUGUUAAAGUUGCAACCGUAUCACCAAAUGUUAGUGCAUCGGAGUUCGUCGCAAAUAUUGGCACGUUGUUAUUAUGGGCCGUUCAAGGUGGCUGCAUGUGUUGGUGAAAUGGCGAAUCAUUUGAUACUUCCAGACUACGCCCGAAUCCAUCCGGUUUUCCAUGUGUCCCUCCUUAAACCUUUCAAAGGGGAACUCACUCGCAGCGCAUCGUCUCUUCCGGCAGAGUUUGUGGAUGGUAAUCUGGUUUCCAGGCCGCUUCGGGUGCAUGAUUAUAGGACAGUGUUGGUGGGGACUAACUUGGUGCGGCAAGCUCUUGUGGAAUGGUCUGAAGGCGGGGUGCACGAUGCCACAUGGGAGUCGGUGGAAUCACUUCGGCGCUACUAUCCAGAGCUGCACCUUGCUGACAAGGUGCUUGUCCAACCUAGGAGGAAUGUUGUGAACACGCCGCAGGUGCAUGGGGAUGACUCGCCGGGGGAGGUGGAAUGUGAUGCGGUUCUAGAGAGCCAUUGGGAGGACGUCUGGGAGGAAGACCGUCGAAGAGGAACGAGGGUGUGAAGAUCUCCG